ACGAAAUAACGAAUAAAUUUUAAAAUCACAUCAAGGUUUUUUUUCUCCUGCGAUAGCGUGCUUGAACUAUACGCUCUUCGUUUGUGAUCAUUAUCAGUGUGUAAAUUUCUAUAAUAUCGUUAAUAAUUGAUCUGUGAUAAGAUGUUCUGCCCGUGUCUUUUUGAAGCACUCUUGGGCGACCUUUUCAGGCUGCACCUGCUCGGUCUCGAUGAACACGAUGUCACACGACGCGAAAAUCGAUACGCGAUGGAGUUCUUCAGUCGAGCUCCGCACAUGAAGGGCUCGGAUGUAAUAACCUACCGGAACUAUGUCCUCAAGAAAGGUCCCUUCAUCGACGAUAUCGUUGCACCGGAUCAGCCUAAAAAUAAUCAGAAGGCGGCCGCGAUACGCCAAGAAGGCAGCCGAUUCUACCGGGCCAAGGAUUUUCCCACUGCUUUGGAAAAGUAUAACGAGAGUAUCUGCUGGGCAGAAUAUGAACAUCUGGGAAUUGGCUAUGCUAAUAGAUCCGCCGUCUACUACGAAAUGGGCGAAUAUGAACUGUGUAUGCUCAACAUUGACCUUGCCAGGAAGCAUAACUACCCACAAACAAUGCUUCCUAAGUUGCAGGAAAGGGAACAAAAUUGUAAGCGUAACAUUUUCCGCCUAAAAUCAAAAUUGAUGGAACCAUACUACAAACUGACCAUGGAAGUGUCGGCGAACCCCAAAAGGCCAUUCAUGGCCGAUGGUAUUGUUCAGGAACAUAUUGCCGGUUACGGUCGGUCAAUGGUGGCGAAACGCAAAUUCAACAUUGGCGACGUCAUUUUGCAAGAGAAGGCUUGGUUAUCAGCAAUUCACCCGGAUAUGAAGUACAAAAACUGCAGCCACUGCUCUAGCGAAAAUUUCCACAGUUUGAUUCCAUGUCCGAAAUGUGUUUCGGUCAUGUACUGCAGCAAGGAGUGCAUGAAGAAGGGUUGGAAAUUCAGUCACAGAUUCGAAUGCGGCAUGACAGAAAAACUACAUCACGUUUUCGACGACAGUUGCCGAAUGAUCAUGGCUCCCAAGGCAUUCUUUUACGGGUUGACUCUGUUUCAAGAUAACCUCAAGAGCAUGAUGUCCUUCUCUAAGACAAAUAGAAACAGCACAAAUGAUGACCCGUUCACAUUGGAUUAUUCGAGUUAUGACCCACUGGAAGAAUUCAAGAUCUUCCACAAGAAAAAGAUUCCGACUGACAAAUUUGAGCAUGAAGACAUGUGUCGCUUCUACGCGGCCCUGUAUUACUCGAUCUACAUCAAGCAUCCGCUGGUGCGAUCCAUUUUUGUCACCAAAGAACAGAAAAAUUUCAUGCUCAAUUCCUUCCUGAAGUACAUGCGGAUCAUUGAUUUCAAGGUUAUUGGAUAUCGCAUGUUCACCACCCAGCUGUAUUCAAUUGCAUCGGUCUGUAACCAUUCGUGUGAUCCGAACACAAUUGCUGUGACUCAUUUCGGCCAACUGAAGUUCAUCGUCACCCGCCCCAUCGCAGUUGAUGAACAGAUUCUCAUUUCGUAUGGCCCGCUGCUGCGGAAGCAUUUGAAAAGUGAACGCAAAUACGAACUCGAAUGUUAUCACAUCGAUUGUCUGUGUGAUUCGUGCAAUGACGUCAAGUGGCGAAGCAUGCAGGUUGCGGCAAUGAAGCUUCCGGCGUUGCCCCAACGAAGCCUUAUGAUUUUGAAAAAACGUGUCGAAGACCCGAACAUCGAUGACCAGCUUAAAACAAAUCUUUUGAAAGAUUUUGUCGCACAGUACGCAUACGCCUAUCCCCGAGACGAUUACGUUCAAGCGCUGGAUGUAUACCGUGACUUUCUGGUCAAAGCCUUCGUCGCAGAGGUGAAAAAUCAUUCACGCGUCACUGCCGGUCAAAUGGCUUGAGAAGUUUCUUUGAAACGAUCUAACAUUUUCAUUUACCAAUAUGUGAUGGUUUUUAAACAAGUAUUGUUGCAACUCGUUGAACUCGUAUUAAUAAACCUGAAUUCACUGUUUUACCACAAUA